GCAGAAGCAGCAGCAGAGGCAGCAGCGGCAGCGGCAGAGGCAGCGGCAGAGGCAGCGGUAGCGGCGGCAGCAGCAUCCCUAUGAUAAUAGCCCUUCGUCUCCCCGAAGCAGCAGGAGAUCCCGCCGAGGAGCACGGCCGCCCGGUGCAGCCAGCGCGGAAGAGCAAGGUCACCCAGACACAUCCAAAGCCAUGGGGCUCUCACUUGUCACUGUGAUACUGUCUGUCUCUCUGCUCCACCUAGUUUCAGGAAUGAGCUUUAUGACUCCUGACCCUGAUUCUCAACCCACAUCAACCCCAGACUCCUAUCCACUUGGGGACCUGAUCCAUGCUGCCCUGCAGAGUAAGGAGUACCUGGGGCAGGCUUCUGUAGGCGCAGGUACGACCACCAACCCAACUCAGGCUGUCCCCCGCCUUGGGCAGACUGAGUCUACAGCCACAGUCAUAUCACCAGGAGUGCUUACGACAGCUUUAGCCUCGUCAUCCUCACCCGGCCUGACGGGAUCCAGGAACAUGAUGACAUCACCGCCCAUAGAAGAGGAGACCACCACAACCCUGAUUACGACAACAACUAUAACCACAAUGCAUAUGCCAGUGCAGUGCAACGCGACUUUGUCAGGGAUGGAGGAUAAUGUGGAGUCACCGGAUCCUGCAUCUUCAUCUUCUUUUUCCCCUCUUGAAUGCACUUACAGCAUUAUUGUGUACGCGGGUUACGGAGUGGAAAUUCAGGUGAGGAAGGUUAACUUGUCAAAGGAGGAGUCUCUGACCAUACUGGGAUAUGGAGGUUUGGCACCAGAACUGUUAGCCAACGAGACCCUAAUGAGAGAGGGUCAAGUGAUUCGCAGUUCAACAAAUCAGGUGCAAAUUCACUAUCGCAGCCUCCGACAGACUGACCAUGGCAUGUUCAGUCUGCACUAUCAAGCCUUUUUGCUGUCCUGCCCUUUCCCUCUGUCACCUGAGGGAGGCGGAGUGACGGUGACAGACAUCCAUCCUGGGGGUCAGGCCCAUUUCCACUGUGAUCCUGGAUUCCAGAUCCGGGGUCAUGAAAUGGCUACCUGUGUCAACACAACACGGCCCCAUUGGAGUACUCAUGAGCCACAAUGUGUUGCUGUGUCUUGUGGAGGGUGGAUUCGCAAUGCAACGGUGGGCCACAUACUGUCACCAAAACCUCAGUCUGUCAGCAACCACAGUAAUGGAAAUAAUCUCAGCUGCCACUGGUUGAUUGAAGCCAAGGAGGGAAAUAAACUCCACCUCCACUUUGAGAGGAUUGCCCUGGAUGAAGAUGAUGAUAAGUUAAUCGUGCGCAGUGGAAACAACUCCAUGGCUCCGCUACUCUUUGACUCAGAUCUGGAUGAUGUCCCAGAGCGUGGGUUGGUGAGCGAGGGGUCCAUGCUGUACCUGGAGCUCACCGCUGAUUCUUCCUCCAUCCCACUGCUUAUGGCCCUGCGAUAUGAAGCCUUUGAAGGAGAGCACUGCUGGGAGCCCUACAUGCCUCACGGGAAUUUCAGCAGCAGUGACAUCACAUAUCAGAUCGGGACCACCGUCACCUUCACCUGCUCUCCUGGAUUUGUAAUGGAACAGGGUUCAGGGAUUAUUGAGUGUGUCGACCCCAGCGAUCCACACUGGAAUGAGAGUGAACCAGUGUGUAGAGCCCUGUGUGGAGGGGAGCUGACCGAGCCGUCUGGCACUAUUCUGUCCCCUGACUGGCCCCAGAGGUAUGCCAAGGGGCAGGAUUGUGUAUGGCAGAUCCACGGUAACGAAGAGAAACGCAUUGAACUGGAUGUGCAGAUCUUGAACAUCCGGCGUAAUGAUGUGCUGACUAUCUUUGAUGGGCAUGAUCUCAUGUCCCAUGUGAUUGGCCAGUACCUGGGGUCCAGGGCACGCUUCCAGGUUGUGUCUGGAGGCUCAGAGGUCACCAUUCAGUUUCAGAGUGAUCCAGAUGAUUCCAGUUUUAUCCUGAGCCAGGGAUUCCUUAUUCAUUUCCGUGAAGUGGAGCCAAAUGACACCUGCCCCACCCUUCCACAAAUUGAGCACGGCUGGAUUAGUUCCUCCCACUCGUCUCCUGUGAGAGGCAGUGUGCUGACCUACCAGUGCCAACCAGGAUAUGACAUCAGUGGCUCUGACAUCAUCACUUGCCAAUGGGACCUCUCGUGGAGCAACAAUCCACCUACCUGUGUCAAAGUGCAGCAGUGUCCUGAUCCAGGCGAGGUGGUAAAUGGAGCACGCUCAGUGCGGCCCGAGGCUGGUUUCGCUGUUGGGACGGUGGUCCGCUUCUCAUGCAACCAAGGCUACCAACUGGAAGGUCCCAGUCAAAUCUCCUGCCAUGGACGGGACAUUGGCAACCCAAAAUGGAGUGACCGUAGUCCGAAGUGUGUCUUAAAAUAUGACCCAUGCCCAAAUCCUGGCGUUCCCGAUAAUGGUUACCAGACUUUGUACAAGCACAGCUACCAGGCUGGAGAGACGCUGCGGUUCUUCUGUUACGAGGGCUAUGAGCUGAUCGGUGAGGUCAUUAUCAACUGCAUUCCAGGCCAUCCGUCUCAGUGGAACAGCCCACCUCCCUUUUGUAAAGUGGCAUAUGAGGAGCUUCUGGAUGAUCACAAAUUAGAAGUUUCCCAGUCGUACGAGCCUUCCCAUCAGAUACUCAGUGAGAACAUAGCCUUGGCUAUAGUCCUGCCCAUCAUCCUGGUCAUCCUCUUGAUUGGGGGAAUUUACAUGUACUAUACAAACAUCUGCAGACUAGAAUGGAAGCCUUUAUUCUGGAAGUCGCUUUCCCACACACACUCAUACAGUCCAAUUACAGUUGAGUCGGAUUUUAACAACCCUCUUUACGAGGCUGGGGAUACACGGGAGUAUGAAGUUUCCAUUUAG